GCUUACACUCGACAUACCUUUCCCUUGGCUAAUAAGACCCUACCAGGCUGGGAAGAAGGUUUCCCAGCCUUAUUCUGGAGAAAGAAGCCACUGAGACAAUCCAUAGGCACCAUGCGAUUUCUUCAGGUGACUACUACUUUUCUUCUGCUGUCCAGUCUUUGCACCAGCCAAGUCAGUGCAGAUGUUGACAACGUAUCUCCAACCUCAUCCUCACCAACAAAUUCUGCAAUGAAAGAAUCUUUGCUGACACCAGACACAAAGACAACAACAGAAUCUAUCCAUCCAACACCUGAAAUAUCUAUAGGAACAACCAGCAAAGACUCAUCAAAAACAUCACUUACGCCAGAAAUUACUUCACUAACAACUGCUAAAACUACAGACAGCACAACUCUUGGUGUCACCACAAAAGAGCUCAUCACUACAAACAAAACAGGAACAACUCUCCCACUCUCAGAUGCUGCUUCAACAUCCCAAAGUUUCCAGCACACAUCUGAGAAUCAGAGUUCAAUCAAAAUGACCACAGUGACAGUCCAGUGGCUACAUAAAGUCAAUCAUCAUCGCAACAUUCCCAGUGUCCAGAACACUUUUGAAAGACCUCAUUGCCCCUCUCCUUUUUUUCAUAUGUCUUGGCUAAGUUUUAGAGCCUUCACUAUUUGGCAGACAGCAACUUCAGUAGAAAAACAGAAGCAAGACCAGUCAUGA